AUGGCCCAACCUCAGUACGGUGCUGGAACUGCUGCAUCAAGCCCUAGCGUCUCUGCGACGCCUGGUGCCCGCCAGCAAUCGCACCAGACGGGGUCGUCGUCGGGAGCUGGAGACGCACCAGGCCCGCGGCAAUCCUCAGCCCAGAAUCCUCAGCACAAGCGCGUUUACCAGGCCUGUAUUCCGUGCCGCCGCCGCAAAGUUCGGUGCGACCUGGGCAGCGUCGACAACCCUCACGACCCGCCAUGCGUGCGCUGCCGCCGCGAGAGCAAAGAGUGCUUCUUUUCCGCCACUCGCCGCAAGCGAAAGACCGACGACGACGAAGGCAGCGACGUCGAUGAGUACAUUGUUCGAAACGGCCGCAAGAGGCUUCAUGCCGGUGAAAGCCCGCCUCCUCGUCUCGACCGUCGCUUUUACAGUGAAGUCCCGCUCACUCCUGGCGGCUCCCAUGGCCGCAGCCAUCCCCUGCGCCGACCCGAUGCGAGCAAGCCGAGGCAGCGCAGAGACUCCGAGCUCGACGGUGACGGCGACGCCAAUCUGGAAAACCUCGAGGCUCAGACAGCUAUGCGCCGUGCAGUGUACAACCCCCAUGACGCGCUAGACCUACUCUACAAGGCUGCAACCGACAGGUCUGUUGUCGAGUCGUCUGGCAACAAGAGGGUCAACAGUGCUGACUCGAACAGUCCCGCUGCGAACAACCAUGGGCGUGAGGGAAGCAUCGCCUCGGCCACCACGGCGCCAGCCCAUCAGCCCACGCCACAGGACACCGCGAGUAGGGACGUCCCCAGGCCGACGUCCAUGUCCAGCGCAAAGCCCGAGGCGGAACACCGUGUGCCCCCACGCCAGUUUCAAGAUACCGCACCGCAACAGACGCAGGAGCAGCAGCAGCCUGUCGAUCCCGUUCUCGUGCAGCAGCCAGCUUUGAGAGCUCAGCCUGGAUACGCUGAGGCCUUGCGUGCCUGGUCAAGGUUCCGCUUUGUGAGAGCUGGCUGGUUCACUGCCCAAGAGGCUAUAGAGUACAUUGACUACUACUAUAAGUACCUGUCGCCCAUGACGCCCAUUUCGCCACCAACCUUCAGCGACCCCGCCUCUCAUCUUACCCUCCUUACCGAAGAACCUAUCCUCACUGUCACUCUUCUUACCAUCUCCUCGAGAUAUCGUCAAAUGCCCGGAACGGGUGGUCACUGUCGUUCGCAUGCCAUCCCAGAGCAGCUUUGGACAUACCUCCGAGGGAUGAUCGAGCGCUGCCUGUGGGGCCAGGAGGCCUUUGGUGGUGGGUUCUGCGGCUCUGGUGGCCCGGGGUCCUCGUCCAUGAUUAUUGAGGAGACGGAUACAAGCAGCACUGCGCCUUGGCGUGGUAUGAGGAAAGGCAGCCUGCGAACGCUAGGAACCAUUGAAUCUUUGCUGAUCUUGACGGAGUGGCACCCUCGUGCCUUGCACUUUCCUCCUCAGGAAGCUACCGACGAGCUCAUGCUUCCCGACUACAACAGUGGACCCAUGGCUGCUUCGGACGACCCAAGCAGGAACGUAGGUGCUGGUUUUGGAGGUAAGAGGAUUGAGAGCUGGCUGGAGCCGGCUUGGAGAAGUGACCGUAUGUGCUGGAUGCUUCUCAGCACUGCCAUGGGUCUUGCGUACGAACUGGGUGUCUUCGAUGAUAUCGACGAGAUGCUCAAGGACGAUACAAUUACGCGUCCAGAGUACAUGGACGAAGCCUACAGAACGAGAGCCAACCGAAUCAAGCGUCUGUUGCUCAUAUACACCUCACAGCUGGCUGGUCGCUUGGGCUGGACAAGCAUGACUCCAGAACACCUUCGCAAAGCGGACCCAGCCGUGACAAGGCGGCGCACCGCGACCAGCGAUGGAAACACCCCGAGCACGUCCUCCAUGGUGAACGGCUUCAACUACGUGCCCGAUCUGGAACUUGAUGAUCAAAUUAUCCACUGUUGGGCGGGAAUUAGCAAUGCGAUGCACGUUGGCAAUGAGAAACUGUUCCGCUCCAGAAAAUACACCACGGAAAUCAUCCAGACGGGGCGAUAUGUGGAGCUGCUUCGAGAGUACAGCCCUUUGCUGAAAGACUGGUACAGGGAGUUUGAACUCUUCCGCCUCCCCCAGUUUAUCCGGCACAUUCUCACCAUUGAAUACGAGUACGUCCGCAUCUACGUCAAUUCCCUGUCCCUCCAGGCAGUAGUGGAGCGAUGCGCCAGCAAUGCCGGACAGAAUGUGAAUGGCCACAAUGCCGAUGGACAGGCCACCAACGGACCGACUCAACUGUCCCCGCAGACAAUGAUAAACUAUGGCAAGUUGCCACUCGGACAGCUUGGCGGCUUCACCAUCAACGAUCAAGAAUACGUCCGAGAGGUCGUUGACGGGUGUAGAAACCUGCUGCGCACCGUGGUCGAGGGACUUCUGCCGGGCGGCUACCUGAAGCAUGCUCCGGUCCGUACUUACUUCCGCAUCAUCAGUGGAGCCAUGUUCUUGCUAAAGACAUUUGCUUUGGGUGCCCCGCGAUCCGAUGUAAAGCUCAGUAUCGAACUCAUGGAUGCUACCGUGGAGGCACUUCGAAACUGCGUCGUAGACGACGUCCAUCUGGGUAUCCGGUUUGCCGAUCUCCUCGAGACACUGACGAGUCGACUGAGAAAUCGUUUCAUCCAGGCGCCGACUAUGCAGCAGGGCUCUGGGAAGGAUCAAACUCCACUGCCCGAGGGCACCGUGCCCGGUGCUGCGGCGGCGGCCGGCCACGGCGACCACACUGCGAGCUGGGUCGGCAAACACGCCCAGAAAUUGCGAGAAGGCCUCACUGGACAAUAUCGGCCCGCUUCGCCCAGCGUCGAGGGUAACAACAUCUCAGCUACGCCAUUCGACCUGUCUACCGGCAACUUCCCUUAUCCCAGCGCGUCGUCUGUAGGACCGUCGACGCCGGCAGCGCAUGUCGAAAACAACGGGGCUGCUCCCAGUGGCGUGGACAUGCACCUCUUCGAGGGCUGGGACAACCCAGGCAACGAGAUGUGGUACCUCCCAACCGGCCCAGCUUUCUUCCAAAACAUGGGAGACAGCUCCGUUGCCAUGACCGCCGAGGGCGUCAAUGUUGGCGGGUUGGACCUGCUAGAGUACAUGGCAAUGGAUCCCGUGCAGUUUUCUAGCAUUGACGGACCCGGCUCGACGAACGGAAAUGCCGGUGCACACGGCUGA